AUGUCUGAAGAAGUUAUGUGUGCAGAUCUAAAAUUCCAGGACUCCAAUAAAACAGAAUAUGACAAAUCUGGGAUUAAGGAAAUACAAAUGAAAAUAACAAUGAGAUCUCAUUGCUGUGAGAAUGGUCAUUAUCCAAAAGAUGAAGCAAAUCUUGGAGACGAUGUGGUGAGAAGAGAACCCUUAUAUACUGUUGCUUUCUUUGCAUUGCCAACAAUGUCUGAAGAAGUUAUGUAUGCAGAUCUAAAAUUCCAGGACUCCAGUAAAACAGAAUAUGGCAAAUCUGGCAUAAAAGCACCAGCCGCCACUCCCCGCUCCAGGCAGUGCCGUGUGGUGGCUCUGGCUGUGCUCUGCCUUCUGCUGCUGGCAGGACUGGGAAUCUUAGGAAGCAUGUGUAUGGGAAAACUGAACAAACUACAGAGCUUCAAAGAGGAACUUCAACGAAAUCUUUCUCUGCAACUGACUGAAAACAUGAAUAGUUCUGUGAAGAACAGGAAACUCUCUAUCAUGCUGCAAAAAAUGGCCACCAAAUUAUGCCAUAAACUAUAUGAAAAAGAUUCAGGACACAAAUGUAAACCUUGUCAAAAGGACUGGUUGUGGCAUGAGGACAGCUGUUAUUUACUCAGUCAGGAGCGUGAAGAUUGGCAAACAAGUGAACAGGAAUGUCGGAAUCUAAAUGCCAGUCUGUUGAAGAUUAAGAACAAAAGUGUAUUGGAUUUUAUAAAAUCCCAGACGACUGACUUUUGGCUAGGAUUAUCUCCCAGAAAAAAUCAAGGAUCCUUUGAGAUGCUCAAAGAGAAAAUUUCCUCCUCUGACUGUUAUUAUCCUGCAACUAAAAGCAACUUUAUGCAGAGCACCUCAUGUGGACCAGACAAGUGGAAUAAAGAUGCCGACUGA